UUUUUAAUUUAAAAAAUUAAAAAAAAAUCUGCGCCAGAAGGCGAGCUGCAAUUACCAAAUUUUCUCAAGGAAGCAGAAAAAUUUGAGCUAGAGGACUGGUGGGGCAGGCGAAGCUUAGAAAAAUGACAGUGAGCUUGAAGGAGGGAAGCUAAUGCUUGGAAUCAUACAUGGAGGCUCAUGUUCCCAAGUAUCACCAGUGGAUGCAAGAACCUGCUCUUUUCCAAGCUACGGGGUUGUAGCCAUUCUCUCUCGAAGAGGAAUACCAGAUGCAGCUCUCCUGGAUCCCAAGAUCCCCUCAAGCGGACUUUUAUUGUGCUGGAUAAGGACUUGGUAGACUGGUAGAGGGAAAUUUUGUUCUUGGAGAUUCCGAUGUGGAAGCAUGUUCAGGUCAAUUUACUCCAUAAAAAAUGCUAAUCAAAGAAAUGCGUACACUAUUCAAUUUCAGUGUUUGGUCAACUAAUAGAAUAUGAGGAAAAUGGCUACUGAAGGUAAGGUUGCUGAUGAUACCGAGGUGGUGAGUUUCAAUUCAAUAAAAUAUGGACGUAUUAAUGGCUUGAUAGGCAGAUAAGACAGCUAGAGAUGGUACCUUUGAGAGCAAAUGCAUGAUAAUUGUCUCUGAAUAUGGGCUUUGAGAAGGCUUCUUAUGAUGAAACCUUGAAAGAGGUUAUUAUAUUUUACCUUUUCAAGCAGCAGAAGAUAUAUCAAGGUCAUUUUCACAUUUGAGUAUGUGUAUGUUUCCCUCUGUUUAUAGGGAAGUGGAGUAUGCUUUCUCUAUUUUAUCAAUUGGAUUAAGAAAAUUGUUAUAGAAGUCUUUUCCCAUUAGAAGUUGACUCUGAUAGGAUAUCAUUGUUAAUAAAGGAUUCCUAAUCAGUGUAGAAGUAGAAUUUCAGUCUAUGUAGAAUAGGAGAUAAUUGUAUAUAUAUAUAGCUGUAUAUUAACACCUUUGAAUAUAUGAAAAUACCUUCAAUUACAUGGUAUCAGAGCCUGGUUCUGAAGCCCUCUUUCCUUGAGAAUUCUCUCCUGUUCCCGUUCCCUUAUUCUUUCCUUUGACUCACUACAACCUUGGAGAAUCCCGUUGGGUUAUUACGGUAUCUCACAGCCACCUUCAGGAGGUGACACAAGUGCCGAUCGACCUUCCCUAAAAGUCUGGUGACCGGACUUGGAGUGAACGGCCUCCACGCACCACUUUCUUGUUUUUGGUUCCUGUUCCACGCAUCGGCCGUGUCCGCGCGUGUGGCAUUUUCCGGUAGAGUCCAAUGGUUGGACCUCCUUCCUUGGCGUUGCCCCAACAUGGUGAUUCCAUCCCGGCAGGCUAUGUUUGGUUUUGAGGCUUCGUUCUUGGUGGUGCUUGAAGAUUCUCUUUUUUGUGUCACUGGAUCAUAAAGAUCUGUUAACAUUUGACAGUCUCUUGGGUUAUUUGUGGACUGUGGAUAGUUAAAGUGCAAUGGCUGAGGGGUGAGACUAAGUCUAUAAUUCCUGAUGUAGUCUCAGUGAUGACUAAAAUCAUCGAACACAAACUCAAUGGCUUAAAUUACUUGGAAUGGAGCAAAACUGUUCAGAUUUAUUUGCGGAGCAUUGAUAAAGAUGAUCAUCUCUCAAAUCAUCUACUGGAUUAUGAUACCAGGCAAGCUUGGCUGAAGGAAGAUGCUUGUUUGUUCUCACAGCUUCGGAAUUCAAUUCACAGUGAGAUGGAAUCGGAAGCAUCUACUGCUGCUACUAAAACUGACAAUAGCAACAAAGAUCCCGCAUGGAAAUAUGUUCGCUUGGUGAAUCCAAACAAUAGAAAUGAUGUGCUUGUAACUUUUGUAGCAAGGUUACAAAAGGAUUGAUAUUCCAAGCUAAGCAGCAUUUAGUUGGAGGAUUUCGAAAUGCUAUAAUAUGUAAGAAGUGUCCAACACAUGUGCGUGAAGAGCUACAAGAGUAUAUGCAGCAAAAGGCUUCAGCAAAGAUCUUAGAUAAAGUGCCUCAUUAUGAGGAUGUUGAAACUCUUGGAGAUGACGAAGAUGAAGAUGAAGAUGAAGAUGAUGUUGGGACAAUUCUUGGAGGCUCAAAAGGAAGUAGUAAGAUUCAAAAGAAGGCAAGGAUAAAGGGUCUAAUAGAUUUAUAUUUUCGCAAAAGUGCUGCAAAGGCGGUGCAAGAUAGAAAAAAUUCAAAGCUGAAGCAAACCACUGUUAAUGAGGCAUGUAAAAAGGAAUUGCGAAAAAAAACAUGUAAGGAUAUAGCUCGAUGGAUGUAUGAUGCGAUAAUUCCUUUUAAUGCCGUCAAUUAUCCAAGUUUUCAAGUUAUGGUGGAGUCUAUUGGACAAUUUGGGAUUGGUAUGAAAGCACCUAGUUUUCAUGAGGUGCGGGUUCCCUUAUUGAAUGAAGAAGUUGCUGAGGUGAAGAAUUCAUUAAAGUCAUAUGAAGAAGAAUGGGCAAAGUAUGGUUGUUCUAUAAUGGCAGAUGGUUGGACUGAUAAGAAACAAAGGACUUUGAUUAAUUUCUUGAUGAAUUCUCCAAAGGGAACUGUUUUCAUGGAAUCUGUUGAUGCUUCAGAGUACUCAAAAACUGGUGAUAAGAUGUAUGAGCUGCUUAAUAGAUUUAUAAAGCGUGUUGGAGAGGCUAAUGUGAUUCAAGUUGUGACAGAUAAUGCUAGCAAUUGUGUGCUUGCAGGGAAGUUGUUAGAAACAAAGCGCCCUCAUUUGUAUUGGACUCCUUGUGCUGCUCAUUACAUAGAUUUGAUGCUAGAAGAUAUUGGAAAAAUUCCCAAAAUUCAUAACACAAUUAAAAGGGCAGUGACAUUGAAUGGAUAUGUUUACAUUUGUCCGGGAGUGGUGAACAUGUUGUGGCGCUUUACUGAUGAAAGAGAGCUAAUUAGGCCAGCUGUCAAAAGAUUUGCGACUGCUUUUCUCACCCUUCAACGUAUGCAUAAGCACAAGGCGAAUUUGAGAAAGAUGUUUACCUCAGAGGAAUGGACCAAAAGUAAGUGGGCAAAAGAACUGUCUGGUAAGAAAGUAUACAGUAUUAUCAUGAUGCCUACUUUUUGGACUAAUAUUGUUUAUAUCUUAAAGAUAUUUGGUCCAUUAGUUCGUGUACUUAGAUUAGUUGAUGGUGAGAAAAUGCCUGCAAUGGGAUAUAUUUAUGAGGCGAUGGAUAGGGCUAAAGAAGCAACUGCAAAGUCAUUUGAUGAAAAUGAAGAAAAAUACAGGACAAUUUUUGAGAUUAUUGAUAAACGAUGGGAAAGCCAACUCCAUAGACCUUUGCAUUCAGUUAGAUAUUAUAUGAAUCCUGAAUAUUUUUAUUUAAAUGAGAAAAUUAAUGAAGAUGUUGAGGUUGUUACCGGUUUAUACCAAGUUGUAGCAAGGUUGAUUCCAAGCAAAGAAGAGCAGACAAAAUAAUUGCACAAUUACCUUUUUAUCAAAAUGCUGAAGGCAUCUUUGGGAUGGAUAUGGCAAUUAGGAAUCG